CCCUGAUUAUUAUUAUUUUCGUUUUUGAUUUUUUUCUCUUAAAUCCUCUAGGAACUAUGGAUAAUGAUCAUGUAAUUAUUGAAAAAGUCAAGUACUAUGUUUGCACUCUUGGAAUUUGGGAAAACAAAGGGAUGAGGUAUUUAGAACUGAACGAUGGUUCUCAGGUGAAGCCGGAUAAUGGUCCCUUUUUUCGAGUUUAUGCCUCUAAUGGCUCAGAAGCAGAAACUACUUUCUCUCUUGAUGGUCCCAUCAUUUGGGGAAGAGUCAAAGAAACUGGCUUGAGAUUUCUUGGAUGGGAAGAAAAGGGGAAAUGGGGAGAACAGGGGGUCAAAAGGUUUUUCAAGAUUGGCAAAGAGAUGGCUUUCAUGAGAUACCGCUCUCUCCUUGGUGAUAUAAUCAAAGAGAAUAGAGAUGUCUUCACCAGAACAAUUCCAAGCUCCAUAUAUGAGUAUGCAUCUGAUAUAGAUAUGGGUCCCCACGAGGACUUUAACUCACCAAUAGUGGCCGAGUGUCGUUGGCUUAAACAUGAGCUUGAGAAGGUCAUGCAAAUAUUGGAGGGCGAAUCUUCUGGUUUUCUGAAGGCGUGGGAAGUCAGAUUGUUACUCAUUGAUGCGGCUGCUUGUAUUAAAGAUUGGGAGCUUCCAAACACUGAACUAUUAAACACUCUUCAGACAAGAAGAUAUGAGAUUGAUAAGCUUAUUUUUGGCGAAGACGGUACAAGCAAAGCUUGGGAGCUUCCGAAGACUGAAAUGUUCAACACUCUUCCGACAAGAAGAUAUGAGAUUGAUGAGCUUAUUCUUGGCGAAGAUGGCACAAGCAAAGCUUGGGAGCUUCCGGAGACUGAAAUGUUCAACACUCUUCAGACAAGAAGACAUGAGAUUGAUAAGCUUCUUAGUGACAAAGAAGGUACAAGCAACGAAGUUAAACAUGCUCUUGAGGCGAGUACCCUGAUCCAGGCUGUAAAACCAGUGAUUGAGGCCCUGAGUUGGAUAAUAGUUUAGAAGACACGGAGUUGAUAACAAGAAAGAAGAAACAAGAUAAGAACUUCACCUGAUCUGUGCUCUUCUUGGUUCUUCGACUAAGUCGUAGCAUAAUAAUGAUCACAAGCUAUAAGUGCGAUUUCUACUUUGAUUACCAAAAAUACGAUAUCUUUAUCUUUCUUCAAACCAAUCACCCAAUUUCAUUAUUAUGCUACUACUUAGUCGGUAUCAGAUGUAACGGCGGCGACUCAAACAGUCAAAUGUGAGUUUUCAUUAUUUUUACCAUUGUCUUGAAGGUGUAAAGAUAAGCCGAUUUUUAAGGCUUUACCAUCCCCAAUCACGUCGGUGCAUAUUAGAAACCACGCAAUCCAGCUCGACCACAACCCAACGCAAGUUAGCUAUCAUUUCCAUUUUCAGUCAUUCUGAAUAAAAUUUGCUUUUGAACUUCUGCACUUUAUUUGCUAUUUUUGAUAUAAUGUUUCUCGUGAUUCUUCCCUCAAAACCCUAACAAUUUCUUCCCCCAAAACUCUAACAAACACAGCUCUUGCUUUGACCCUCAUAACAUCUCUUCGGGAAUUGUCUACUUCUUCUCUACGCACUUCCGAAGGUGAACUUCCGAAGGUGAAACUCCAUUAACCUCUCUAAAAAUGGCAAAUGCACCCGAAUUACUUGGUUUAGCUAAGAGAGCAAUUGAAGGCCAAAUUUUAGAUGGAGAUUGGUUCAUUGGGGUUCGCUUAUCACAGAGUAAAAUGCCAGAACUGGUUCCCGAAAUUUUUGGCGGUCUACUCAGAAAUACUGCUGCCUUCCCUUUAGAUGAAUUACAAUGCAAAUUAUGUGUUGCACACGAUGCAGAUAAUCCAGGGGAAGCUGUAACUGAAAUCUUUAAUGAGAAGGUAUUAAGUGAGUUCAACAAACGCUGGAAGGCUCUGUGUAAAGCAAGAUGGCCUAAUGUUAGUCGCUGUGAUGAUAACUGGCGUCGGAGCUAUUGGGAAAAGCAUCUAGGGGGGAUGCUUGUAUCGUCCUGAUGCAAUAUUACUUACACACAAUGGCGAUCUUAAUGAAAUAAUGGUUACAGAUGAUGUUAUGAAUGACAUUGGCUUAUCAAUAACAGAAACACACUCAAAAAUAUCUUAUCAUUUUCAGCGUUUUGGUCGCCAUGCAAGCUGCCUGGCACUUAAUGCUUCAAAGUUGCGCCACUGUGCCCCUUUGAAAGAAUGCAGGCCUUAUUUGCUAAUUGCUGCUUAGUGGAAUUGGUAAUAAACGAUGUACCGAGCCUACAAUCUGCUGUUCAUAACUUUGAACCUGUUGUCGAAAGGACAUGCAGGCUUCUAAAAAUGAACAAGACAACGUUAUCAUCAAUUAAAAUCGAGUAUAGUCAUCCUACUGAAGCUUUUAUUGAAAGAGUAUUCGGGUCUUUAAAUUUGGUUGUUUAUGGAAGACCUGGCGUCAGUAAUUUCUCGGUGACGGAGUCCUGGUUUGAUGAUGGAUUUCUGAAUCUUCCUGCUUUCAAAUUUAUCGAUUCAUUGGUUUUAAAGUGGAGCCAUAUUGCUUGGGAUGUACCUGCUCCCAUUAUUAUGGAUACUUCUUGUCGUUUUACUCAUCUUGAUCUAUCCUAUACUACUAGGUUUAGUAGUAUGCAUCUAGAAGGUGAAGCAAAUUUUUUCGUACUUGAGGGUCCUUAUACUUGGGGGAAACAACCUAAGACCUGAAAAUUUUUAUGGCUGGGAAAAUGGUCUCACGAAAAUGACUAAUCUAACGGAAUUAGAUAUGAGAAUCCUAUUGGUGAUGGUGGUCUCUCAAGGCUAAUCUUAUGUCUUCAAGGAGCUCAGAAACUGUGUGACCUAAAGAUCGAACAGUGUAAUUUCUCUCAUGAAGGACUUGCUGAACUUCUUCAGUUUGUCCUCAAUUCCAACCGUUUGAAGUCCUUAUGGAUCGCCAGGAAUGAUCUUUGGAAAUGGUCUCCAGAAGUAGCAACUUCUCUAGCUACUUUCUUAGCUCAAUCAACAAUCAAAACUCUCAACAUCGAAGGAAUCGGGCUUGAGGAUGAUGGGUUAGCAAUCUUUCGGGAGGAACUUCCAUUGGUGGUCAAUCUCUCUUACAUCGACAUAAGCAAUAACCACGGUGCAGCCGAGACAACGCUUUUCAUCGAGGAAUUCAUUUCUAGAGCUCCAGGAAUUGUUGACAUCAAGGCAUCAAAUCACUUGAUACCGGAAGAAUCACUUCAGGAUUUGAAGGCGACUCUUGCAGGUUUGGGUCGUGAAUACGAGCUACUAGAGAAUGAUGUUCAACAGUUAGAAAUACAUUUUCCCUGAAGACUGCUUUUUCUUUGAUAUGAGAAUCGCUUCAAGCUUUCAAGCGACUUAUGCAGGUUUGGGUCGUCCGGACAAGCUCCUAGAGAAUGUCGACGUUCAAAAAUUAGAGAUUUCUUAUUUCUUUUUCCUGAAGACUGCAUUUUCUUCACAACUGGCAAGGAUUUCUGUAGUUGUGUUUUCAUUGUGGUAUUUUGUUUUGGUUCCUUUGUUUGUACGAAGGUUUAUGUUAAGACACAGUACACUCAGUCACUCAUGCUAAUCCACUACUCGUGCUGUACUUGCGAUGCGACCAAAAAUUCAUUAAUACUAGAUUUUGACGAAUUGAGAAGGUAA